AUGUCGCACUCUCAGAUUAUCGGUACUAAAGAUUGUCGUAACAUGGCCCUCUUUUGGAGCCAGCCACCAGACAUUGAUUUCGUGGCAAGCGUCUCUGGAAGUGAUUGCUUUUGCAAAUGGAGUGGUACCUUCGUAGCAGCUAGGGUGCUCCCAGAGGUCGAGACUUUCCUGGCUGAGGAAUUUAAGUUGGCUACUGAGCUUUCCUUUUUCUUGCGCCUUAAGUUUCUGUUACUUUUGUUCCCAAGCCUCGAUCGGCCCAAACGUAAUGACGGUGCCUCUCCAGAGCCAGCUUUUUCUAAUAAUGACCUGCUUUUAGACUACAAACGGCUACAACGCGCCUUCGAAUAUGGUUUAAAGUUUUAUUGUCGAAAGGCGGCUGCCGUUGUGUGCAUUGACUCCUAAACUCACGGUGUUCAGCUCAUGUGAAUCGGUUUUAGAUUCGGCCGACGUUGUGGCCGAUAUGAACGAAAUUGGUUCAUUCUGUAGCUUGCGAAAAAUAGAAGUUACUCAGGAUACUUCGACGCCCCGUUUCUGAACGCAAAGCCAAAAGGGGGUCUGUUCUGUGGGAAUUUUUCACUUCCCCCCAGAAGUACAAUUGUGAGAUCAUAAGAUACGCUCCUUAUGACAUCAACCACCUAAGCCAAGAACUGUUGCGAAACCAAUUGUUGACGUUGGUGGUCUUAUUCAAUGCUGCAGACGUACAUGAUGCAUGGCUAGCGGCUUCUACAAGAAUAAGGCGAUUCCAUGAAUACAUCAUCAUCUGUGAAAUGGCUUCGGGCUCUUCUCGAGAUGGGUUCUUAGAGGCUCGGUGUUAGCCGCCCAAUCGAGUAAUAUCUGCGACACACCAACGCUAACUUGACCGACGGAAUAAAACCGACGGUAUAAGACCGAGCCACGGCUGC